CAGAACGUCAAGGGGUUGGCGUGUUCCAAAGCUCGGCUCGAGCCGCUUGACAUCUCUUCUCAUCAUAUCCGGAUCCAAACAAAUCUAAAAAUCCAAUGCCUGCUACUCGCAAAGCCUCUUCGUCGACUGGCAAGUCAAGACACGAUCCGCUGCUCGUACAGCUCGGCGACGACGAGAUCGAAGCUCGUUAUGGGCGAGUCAGUCAACCGGGAAAACGCAAAAAGAAAAAUGCUCGGGAUGAGGAUGAUUCCGAGGUUAUCUUGGACCCUAAAACCUCGAAACGUAUCUUCGAGCUAGCCAAGGAUCAGCAGGAUGAGCUCGAACUACUCGAUGAGCAGCUGGAGGAUGAAGAACCACGAGUAUCUGCUUUUGCGAAGCCCCGAAUGGCCAAGGACUCGGAUGAAGAGUCGGACCUCGAUGAAAACAUGGACGAGGAGGAUGUGGAGGAGAUCUUCGACAUUGACGAGGAGGACCUGCAAACCCUCGAUGCUUUACAUCCCCAUAACGCUGGUGAACGCAGGACCUUGGCCGACAUCAUCUUUGCCAAACUUGAGAGCGGCGAAACCGAUAACGCUGCUGUGAUUAAAAAGGUUUCCCAAGAUCGAGACCGACCAGAUCCCACUCUAGGACUUGACCCCAAAGUCGUCGAGUCGUACGAAAAACUCGGGAUGUUCUUGCACAAAUACAAGUCCGGCCCACUUCCGAAAAUCUUCAAGGUCAUCCCUUCGCUCCCUGCCUGGGCACGGUUGCUUGCGAUCACUGAGCCUGAAAACUGGUCGCCGCAUGCUUGUCUGGCUGCUACCCGGAUCUUCAUCUCUAGCAUGAAGCCACCGCAAGCGCAGCUCUUCUUGAGUGUCGUCUUGCUAGACGCGAUUAGAGAGGACAUCCGCCAAAACAAGAAGCUUAAUGUGCAUUACUUCGAUGCCCUUCGACGAGCCAUGUACAAGCCUGGCGCGUUUUUCAAGGGUCUUAUAUUCCCCAUGCUUGAUCAAGGCUGUUCUCUCAAAGAAGCUGCUAUUAUCGCUUCUGUGCUUGCACGAACGAAAAUACCCGUGCUCCAUGCUUCAGCUGCCUUGAUUCGGAUAGCCGAGAUGGAUUACUCCGGACCCAAUUCUCUGUUCAUUCGUGUGCUCAUCGAUAAAAAGUUCGAACUGCCGUACAAAGUGGUCGACGCGCUGGUGUUCCACUUUAUACGGCUCUCCAAUACAUACAAAGCCAAGACACGGGCUGAUUCGGACAAACUUCCGGUCUUAUGGCACCAGAGCUUGCUUGUAUUUGCUCAAAGGUGGGGCGUCUUGGUCACUCUUCAGAUCUCUGACUCACUUGUGGUCAGGUAUGGCUCAGAUCUGACCCCAGACCAGAAGGACGCCUUAUUGGAUGUCGUGCGCGCCACACCCCACGCUCAGAUUGGCCCUGAAAUCCGGCGCGAGCUUGCGAACUCCGUGCCACGCGGUGCCCCCAGGGGAGAGGAUGGAGAUGUUGAGAUGUCGUAAGACAUUAUGCGCCGUUCAGGAGGAUACUAGUUACUACGGUGCACCUCGAUCACCAUUAGUCGAUCCCAAAGCCCUUGUGUCGUUGACAGGUCGUGUCCCCCGGCAUUUCAUCUCACUGUCAGAAUGAGAGAACUAACUCUGCGUUCAGGGUAGCAGUCACUGUAAGUCGUAUGCUAGCACGGCUCGGUGGACGCGUCUGCCCUUCAGUGCCACCUGUCAAGUCGGGUUGGGCCUGAUUGGGUUACUCGGCCAGCGUGGCUGGUCGCUGUCGCGACUAAGCUAAUAUGUUGACAAGAACUGGACUAAGAAUGGCGACAUUUCCUCCUUAUGUCAGUCCGUCCAGAGCAGCUAGCACGCAGCGGCAGAUGAGGCAUAGGGCGACAUGACAAAUUGUGAUUAUAUUAUAUUACCACCUAUUAAAGGCAUUGUGGCGCAGGGCUGAUCACGUAUUGUCAAUGACCAAAAUGUGUGCGGACGAACAACGUCCACAAUCAUACCCGGUCAGACCCUUGUUGACCCAAAGAACGGUAGCGAGGAUCCGGCCUCAACUGCCUCCGUGAUUCGAGAGCAGCUUGCUGUCGAGAUCCACCACGCGCAACGGACGACGAGCUGAUUGAGAUUCGCAGGAACUGUGCAUCUUACUUCACAUCGCACUGGAUGCUGUGUAAGGCCAAGUCUAUAGAAAUAGCACGAAGUAGCCUCGGGCGCCCGAGCAAACGCAAGACCCUGACUGGACCCUAACCGAAAGAAACGAUGUUCUGAACCACGAGACGGCUCAGUCAUUCUUGGCUUCUCGACGUUAGUCUACGCGAAUCGAACGAAGUAGAUUUAAUUGAACAGCUUUUUU